UCGUGGAAGAGGUGGAAUGAGGGCAGAAUGGUGUGGUGUGAAAAGGGGGUUCAGAUUCUUCUGACCACGGUGGGAGCUUUUGCUGCAUUUGGGCUUAUGACAAUCGCCAUAGGAACAGAUUACUGGCUUUAUGCCAGGGCCUUCAUUUGCAAUACCACAAACAUCUCCAGUGAGGACACGCCGCUAAAAGACAAGAAAGAUCCUGGAGGGUUGACCCAUUCUGGCCUCUGGAGAAUCUGCUGCUUGGAAGGCCAAAAAAAAGGUGUGUGUGCAAAAAUUAAUCACUUUCCUGAAGACACAGAUUAUGAUCACGACAGUGCCGAAUAUCUUCUACGUGUUGUUCGUGCUUCAAGUAUCUUCCCAAUUCUCAGUGCCAUGCUCCUCUUACUCGGAGGCCUUUGUGUUGCUGCCAGUCGAGUUUACAAAUCCAAGCGUAAUAUAAUCUUGGGGGCUGGGAUUCUAUUUGUCGCUGCAGGUUUAAGCAACAUCAUUGGUGUAAUUGUUUACAUUUCUGCCAAUGCUGGGGACCCUGGCACAAAAAGGGAUGAUGAAAAGAAGAGUCACUACUCAUAUGGAUGGUCCUUCUAUUUUGGAGGACUUUCUUUCAUCAUAGCUGAAAUGAUUGGUGUCCUAGCAGUUAAUAUCUACAUUGAAAAAAACAGAGAAGCCCACUGUAAAUCACGCACAGAACUGAUCAAGAACCCCUCAGCCAUACUUCGGCUACCUAGUUAUCGUUUUCGAUAUCGCAGGCGCUCCAGAUCUAGUUCACGAUCCACUGAACCUUCUCAAUCCAGGGACACUUCACCUGUUGGAGUCAAAGGGAUUCCUUCAACUGACAUCUCCAUGUAUACCCUGUCAAGAGAUACCUCCAAGGCCAAUGUAAGCAGCUUAUAUAACACAGAGCGUGGGGAUCACAGUUUUCUCCAGCUCCACAACUGCUUUCCCAAGGAACCUGGGGUCACCGUCACAGUCACAGGACCAGCCUCAAACACAGGCACCCUGGGCAAGGACGGUUCUAACACCAACACGCUCAACAGGAAAACCACACCUGUGUAGGUUGACCCAAGGAAAAAGGUCUUCUAAAAUUGUGUGAGUGAGAGUGUAUGCAAUGAGUGUAACGGUGCGUGAGUCUUAGGAUAGAGGAAG